AGGGGCGGAACCACUUCCUGGAACUUUGAUCAGCUCCGGGGCUGCUGGUCCACGCUGAGGGCAGACCACACCACACACCCUUCUGCUCCCAAGGAAGAGCCGGGGCGUAGGUCCUCCACGGCCCAGCCCCGCACGACCUAGGAGAUGCUUCCUGGAGCCUGGCUGCGCUGGGCCUGCCUCCUGCUCCUGGCCAGGCUCGCCCGGCCCUGCCCCGUGGGGUGUGACUGCUUUGCGCAGACGGUGUUCUGCACUGACGAAGCGCUGGCCACCAUCCCGCUGGACAUCCCACCCUACACCACGGACAUGGUCUUCAUAGAGACCUCAUUCACCACGGUCGGAACCAGGGCCUUCAGUGGCAACCCCAACCUAACCAAGGUAAUAUUCCUCAACACCCAGGUCUGCUGCUUUGAGCCAGAUGCCUUUGGCGGACUGCCGAGUCUCCAGGACCUGGAGAUCACCGGCUGUGCCUUUUCCAACCUCAGCACUGAGAUCUUCUCCAACUUGGCCACGCUGGGCAAGCUCACUCUCAACUUCAACAUGCUGAAGGCUCUGCCCGAGGACCUCUUCCACCACAUGGAUGCCCUGGAGUCCCUUCAGCUGCAAGACAACCAGCUCCAGACCCUGCCCAGGAGGCUCUUCCAGUCUCUGAAACACCUGAAGACCCUCAACCUUGCUCACAAUCUCCUGGCCCAGCUGCCCGAGGAGCUGUUUGACCCCCUUGGCAGCCUGCAGAUCCUGAGGCUGAGCAGCAACAAGCUCUCCAGCUUGCCCCACCACACGUUUGCCAAGCUGGGCAGCCUGCAGGAGCUCUUCCUGGACCGCAACUCCAUCUCGGAGCUGCCCCCGGAAGUGUUCUCGCAGCUCUUCCGCCUGAAGAAGCUGUGGCUGCAGCGCAAUGACAUCCGGCACCUUCCACCCUCCAUCUUCUCAUCCCUGGGCAACCUGACCUUCCUGAACUUACAGGAGAAUGCACUGCAGAUGCUGCCUGCUGACCUCUUCGCCCACACCCCAAGACUGGUUGGCCUGUCCCUAUCCCACAACCAGCUGGAGACUGUUUCCGAGGGAGCCUUUGCCAAACUGUGUAACCUCAGUUCCCUUUCGCUCUCACACAAUGCCAUUACCCGCCUCCCGGCCGGUGUCUUCAGGGGCCUAGAGAACUUGACCAAGCUCUACCUGGGCAGCAACAACCUGACGGCUCUGCACGUGGACCUCUUCCAUAACCUGUCCAAGCUCGAGGUGCUCAGCCUUUCCAGGAACCUCCUGACCACGCUCCCAGAGGGCAUCUUCGGCACCAACUACUAUCUGUUCAACCUCGCCCUGCAUGGCAACCCCUGGCAGUGUGACUGCCACCUGGCCUACCUCUUCACCUGGCUGCACGAGUACAGUGACAGGCUCUUCAACAUCCAGACCUACUGUGCGGGUCCUGCCUACCUGAAGGGCCAGGCGGUGCCUGCCUUGAAGAAGGAGCAGCUGGUAUGCCCUGUCAUCCGGGGCCACUUGGGGCUGGAGGACAGGGAGCUGCGGGGCAGCUGGGAUCUGUCUGCGAAGGAAUGGGCAGCCCGGAACCAGUGUGCCUACAGCAACCCCGAAGGCACUGUAGUGCUCGCGUGCGAUAAGGCCCGGUGUCGCUGGCUGAACAUCCACCUCUCUCCUAGGCAGGGCUCAGGCUCCCUGGGAAUGAUGUACAAUGCCACUCAGGAGUGGGAACUGAAGUCGAGCUGUGGUGUUGUGAGGCUCACCCUGUCUAUCGAGGCUCAGGCAGGGGAGCCCUAGAUGCAGGGUACACAGAUCCAGGAGCCUGGGCAGACGGCUUCUGCGGUCUGACCAAACAAUAGGUGGGGGCAGAGGGGAAGCUGAAGCUAGUUUUCCAGAUGCAAAGGAUGGAGGUACCAAGUCCAAGGUGGUGGUGGCCAAGGGCAACACCCAGAGUCUCCUGUUCUUCUCCUAAAUUACUCCCCCUCAGAGUCUGAGACCCAACAAGGCCUUUUUUAAGCUUUGCAAAGGACCCAUUAAAGCUACAUCAUGGUCUGGAGAAUAAAAUAAGGUCACUCCC